AUGGCAUUGAGCUCGCUCAUCUUCAGCCAUGCCUUCCACUUCUGUCUUCUCAGCUGGGCAUAUCAAGUCCCCUUAGGUGCCUCCGUCAGGGCGACAGAGACAGAGCCGGAUCUGGCAAAUCCUUCGGAUCUGGUGCUGGUGCAAAUUGCAGACCCACAGCUGGGGAUGCUGAACAUGUACACCAAACCCUCGGAUUGGAGCAAAGAGGAACUGAUGCUUCAGACCUUGGCUGACAAGGCUUUAGCCAUGAAACCACAGUUGGUAUUCCUGGCGGGAGAUAUGCAAAAUUGGUGGCCCAAUGAGAAGGACCCGAAGAAAGACAGGAACCGGUUGAUGAAAAUGUCGGACAGCGCCUUCGAAGACUUGAAAGCCCUUGACCUGGGUCUAAAGCAGCGCCUGUCGGUGCGCCAAUGCAUGAAGUCUCUGGUGGAUGAGGGGAUCCCGGUGUAUUACACCCCCGGCAACCACGACAUAGGUGACGACCCCGACGAUGAGAUGCUGAAGCGAUACAUGAGUGGAAGUGCUGAGGAGGAGGGAUGGGGACCACUGUUCCAAAAGGUGGACGUGGAAGAGUCCGGCAUCAGAUUUUUGCAGUUCAACUCGCAGGUGUAUUGGAGCAAGGCAGACACAACCUUGGAGAAGUACCGCGAGGAGCAACUGGAGUUCUUGAAGGACGAAGUGAAAAACAUCCCCGGUGGUACCAAAUUGUUGGUUCUGCUGACCCACAUUCCGCCCUUCAUGGAUUCCUUUGAUGAACCUGAAGGCUGGGCCAAUUGGAGGCAGGUCUACCGCAAGCAGAUCUUGGAUGUCUUGGCCGCUUCCGAGCUCCCUCUGCUCUUCAUCUGUGGCCACUUCCAUGCCAACGUGGUGAAAGAUGCCACCUACCAGGGCCGACCCCUCAACAUCCGAGUGUCCAGUGCUGCAGGAACCACGAUCCAAUGGGACGGAAAGGAUAGCCUGACACCAGAGGAAGCGCAGAAAGUGGCUUCGAAACGAGUGUUAAAAGCCUUUGCCGAAGAUGUGGGCUUUGCCAACAUCAAGAAAAGGCUCCGGGCGCAAGGGGAUCGCUCAGGCCUGCGGGUGUUUCGCUUCAAACCUGAGAGUGGAACCUUUGAAGACCACUGGUACACUGAUGGCUUGCUUCACAGUGACUUUCAGUGGCCUGGAUGUCAGGAUUUAGCAGAUUGGGUCAAGGAGUUCCAUUCAGCUGGACGAGGAUAUGUGCUACCUUGCCAUUGCUACGAACUGGUCCUGGUGUUCGGUCUUGUGGUGCUGUUGAAGCAGGGAUGGCUCACGCCACGACAGGAGUCUGGCUGGUCCUGUCUCAGGGUACUCGCUCGGAUGUCUACCGGCAUCUGCGUUUCGAAUCUCUUCAUGCUGCACGCGAUGGGUGCUUUUUUCUACGAGGAGCCGGUGGAUCUGAACUUCUUUUCCUUCUUCGCCCAUCUGCUGGUGAUCUUCGCUUCAUCUCUCCUGGUUUCCAUCCUGGUGCAUAUCUUGAUUGAAGGCCCGUUUGCCUGUAUGCUCACGGAUGGACUUCCACAGAACCGCGGUAUGGGUGUGGCCUUUGUCGGGGACAGCGUGACCAAUCCAAACAUUUUUAUUGAGUCGCGAGCCAAGAUGAUCGAGUGGACCAACUGGCCGCACCACGAUCAUGGCAACGCGGUCAUUUCUGUCCUCCAGACUCCAGAUGUCAACUUUGAGGACUACACGCUCUCUUCCUUUGCAUGGUGUCAGCCUAUCGAGGAUUCCGCCAGAUCCUGCCAUUCUGCCAAAGAAAGCCGGCUGGCGAGUCUGAAUCGGCCGACAGCCCUCCAGAGUGAGGAGAAGCAGCUGAGGAGAAGCACAAAGAGCGUGCUCAGUCAUCAAAGUGGCGAAAGCCUUCAGCCCGCCGAAGCAGGAGCCGCGGAAGAAGUAGAACCCGAACUGGCCUCUCGUCGGACCCGUUCCAGGGCCAGGCGUGUGUUUGGGGACUUGAGUAUAUCAGGGCUGAGCCGUCUUGGCUACCUGUGCAUCAAGAAGGACGUCUACUACCACAAUGAGGGUGAUUUGGUGGGCGAAGUUGAGGGCGUGCGAGUCCAAGAGGGCAACAUCUUCCUGGACUUGGACGCCACAGGUACCAAAGAUGAAAGGCUGCUUUGA